AUGUAUGUCAAAUGUGGGGAUGUUGUAAAGGCCAAAGACGUAUUUGAUAAGUUGAAGAAGAAGGAUGUACCAUGUUGGACAUCCAUGAUUGUUGAAUAUCCAAUUAAUGGCCAGGCAGAAGAAGCAUUAAGGCUUUUCGCUGCCCUAGAAGAAGAAAAUAAAAGCUGCAGUCACAAGGGGUGUUUCGUUGUUCCUAAUCAUGUAACCUUCAUUGGGGUCCUCAUGGCUUGCAGCCACUCAGGCAUGUUACAAGAGGGGAAAAGAUAUUUCAGGAUGAUGACUGAGGUAUUUGGAAUCAAGCCUAGACUUCCUCACUACGGCUGCAUGGUAGAUCUCUUUUGUCGAGAUGUGGGAUGCUACAAGAUGCAUACAUGGUAUCUAGACCUUGCUUCAAUCGCUCGAAAUAAGCUGCUUGAAUUGGACCAAAGCCUUGCUGGGGACGAUGCUGUGAUGUCCAACAUCUAUGCUGCCAAAGGGAUGUGGGCAUGA